CCGCCAGUUUUGUUUCAAAAUGCGUCUCCCAAUCACAUGCAUUUUGCUCAUCGUGGGGCUGGACUAUAGUGCUUCCAUGUGGAUAAAGAGAUACGUUGAAAACUACCAUCGUCCUACGUACCGCAAUCGUGCCCACAGCUCCAGUAAACACGUGGACUACAAUCGAGAGGCUCUCGAGAAUCGGGGCAAAUCGAGAACUUUAGAAACCCGCACCAGGACUCCUUUUGAUGCCGCAAAGGACGUGUCGUACUACGUAAAUGUCUUGAACGAGGGAUCUGUGAUCUGUGCAGGCGCUCUGAUCUCUCACAGGAUGGUCAUCACAUCGACGCACUGCUUCUUUGCCACGGGAGUAGAUGCGACUUACGAGUUUACUGCGAAGAAAAUGACCAUACUGACUGCCAUUGAUUUCGCGCCGAAUACGGAACCCCACCAGGUCAAGGCCUUCUUCAUGCCGGUGAACCGGGAUAAGCACUUCAUCAACCAUGUGGCCCUGCUCGCCCUGGCCGAGAAGCUCGAUAGGACGAAAUAUCGGUAUAUUCCCCUGAAUCGCCGUAAACCCAAAAUGGGUGAUGACGUUAAGAUGGCCUUUUUGGGACCACCUACUUAUAAGGUCACUCUUUACAACACCCGGGUUUUCGACCACGAUCGUUGCCAUGUCCACUACGGUCUCAAGGACUUAUUCCAUGUGUCCACCUUCGAGCCGGACUUCUUCUGUGUGAGGAACAAGAAGCACUCGAUUAAGAGCACCUGCAGCACCCGACCCGGAGAUCCCUUACUGGUGGAUAACAAGCUGGUGGGGGUUAAUAUAUAUGGAGAGCACUGCGACGAGGACGAUGACACCACCAACAUGGACAUAUACCUACCGAUCAGGGUAGUAAUACCAUUCAUCCAGAUGGCCACGGACGCACUGAGGGCUUUCACUGGCUCGGGUCCCUAUAAUACCUCUUUGAAGGGUCCGCUUUCACCUCUGCUCCAGUCCUUGGCCGAUAGAGAACCCAAUAUUUAUGUUGGCGCCCAUGUUCCCCAAAUUCCCUUCGACAGUGCCCUCAAUGGUGGAACCCCUGAUGAUGACAGGGCCUCAAUUGAGCACCAUGUUGAACAAGCUCCCGAAUAUUAUUAGUUCUGUUGAAAACACAACUAAGGAUAUGGGCUUGAUUUGAUAAGGAUAAUUUCUGAGAGACAUAGGGAACAUAUUUGUAUUCUUCUUAGCUACAAAAAUAAAAGUUUGUUUAAAUAAAUGGUAGAAGUUAA